AUGGCGGUUGGAAAGAACAAGCGCUUGUCCAAGGGCAAGAAGGGUGUCAAGAAGAGGACCGUUGAUCCAUUCACUAGAAAAGACGAGUACUCUGUCAAGGCCCCUUCGACUUUCCAGAUCAGAGAUGUUGGAAAGACUCUGGUCAACCGAACCAGCGGUCUCAAGAAUGCCAAUGAUUCGCUGAAGGGCCGCAUCUUCGAGGUCUCUCUCGCCGAUCUGCAGAACGAUGAAGACCACGCCUUUCGCAAGGUGAAGCUCCGUGUGGAUGAAAUUCAGGGCAAAAACUGUCUGACCAACUUCCACGGCUUGGACUUCACAACCGACAAACUCCGGUCCCUUGUGCGGAAGUGGCAGUCGCUGAUCGAAGCCAAUGUCACUGUGAAGACGACGGACGACUACCUCCUGCGCCUGUUCGCCAUCGCCUUCACCAAGAGACGGCCGAACCAGAUCAAGAAGACCACAUAUGCUCGCUCGUCUCAGAUUCGCGCCAUUCGGAAGAAGAUGACCGAAAUCAUGCAAAGGGAGGCUGCCAGCUGCUCUCUCGCGCAGCUGACCCACAAGCUCAUCCCCGAGGUCAUCGGACGUGAGAUUGAGAAGGCAACACAGGGAAUCUAUCCUUUGCAGAAUGUCCACAUCCGCAAGGUCAAGCUUCUCAAGGCUCCCAAGUUCGAUUUGGGCGCUCUGCUUAAUUUGCACGGCGAAUCUACGACCGAUGACAAGGGCCAGAAGGUUGAGAGAGAGUUCAAGGAGCAGGUCCUGGAGAGCGUCUGA